AGACAGGGUUUCACGAUGUUGGCCAGGCUGGUCUGGAACUUCUGACCUCAGAUGAUCUGCCUGCCUCACCUCCCAAAGUGCUGGGAUUACAGGUGUGAGCCACCACGCCUGGCCUCAAAAAAUUUAUAUUUAAAAAAUACCAUUGCAGUGUACAAACGACUCAUUUCAAUGUAUAAAAGAUAAAGUCCUAAACCCCCUCCCCCCAUGCUGAAAUUGUGCUGCACAGAUGUGGAACCUUGCCAAGGGGCAGCUCCAUGAUGUCUUCUCUGUGGCCCCAAAACACUUAAGAGGAUGUCACUCCACCCUGACCUGGGCAGAGUGGCCUCUGGUUGGUGGUGUCCAUCUUGCAUCAGUCAGGGACAAAGCAACCCCUUGUUCAUCCCAGCUUGGUUUCUGGCCUGUUCCCAUGCCUUGGACAAACAAACAAUGCUUAGGAGCCAUUGCCUUUCAAGAAGAUUUCACACUUUCAGGCCCCCGAAGGAAGAGUUCCAAGGGUUCCUGAGUUUUAUGAGCUUACAGAGUGCAUACAUUUUAAACACACAGCUUGAUUUAUUUCCAAGGGUUAGCAGUCAAGAAACUCAACAGAGACAGCUCUCUCUGGCUGGUGAUUUCUGGGAUGUGGGGAGGAGUCUGUGUGUGCCCCUCCUGCUUCUAGAAAUUCAAUCCCUAACUCCCAUCCCAGCUACGAGGGAAACUUUCUCCAGGGCAAAUGAGGACUAUGGUGUGGCAUCCGAACUGGCCCCAGUGCUCAGCCUUGCAGACCUCCCCUGUAGGGGCUGGGAGCUGCCAGUGGCUGAGGUCUGAGUUAACUGUUGUCUCAGACCCAGGUUCCAAAGUGGGGAUGGGCUCCCUUUGUGAUGUCAGCAUUCUGCCCCCACUCGCAGCCCCUUCACCCACUGCCUCACCUCCUUGUCCAGAGAGACAGGCAACGUAGACCAUGGGUUCCCGCUGUGCCAAGCUCAACACAGGCCACAGCCCAGGCCACAGCACAGGCCACAGCACGGGCCACAGCAUGGGCCAUGGCCGGGGCCACGAAUCCUCCAUGAAAAAGCUCGUGGCCUGUGUGAGUAAGGAUAACUUCUCCUUGUCAUCAGCGGGCGAGGAAGAGGAGGAAGAGGAGGAGAAGGGGGAAGAGGAGGAGAAAGAAGAGCUGCCAGUGCAGGGCAAGCUGCUGCUGCUGGAGCCUGAGCGGCAGGAGGAGGGCCAGAAGGACAACGCCGAGGCCCAGCAGAGCCCCGAGCCCAAGCAGACACCCUCCUGACCCGCAACGAAGGCCCAGGAAGGGACGCCCACUGCUGCUCCGGCGACAGUGUUCAGAGAAGAGUCAAUAAAAAGUCUCUGAGGAAUC